UUAAACAUCAUCAAUCCAUCUCCUCUUUGAGGUUUGCAUCAACCAACGCCACAUUCGCAGCAUCAUUCAAAAAGAUAAAACGGAAAUUCAAAUACGACAAAUCACAACUCAUAGCAAAGGUGAAGGUGAAGACUCUUUUACUGCCUAAACUGGGAAAUUUCAGAAGGAAUCACUGUAAACCUUUACAAAUAAUUCGAGAAAUUUUUAAUAGUUAUUAAACCCUCGAACUUUUGUUUGCAAGCUAAAAAUUCAUGAUCCUUCUUAUAAGUCUUUCUCCAGAGAAAUAAAGGGGACUGACAAAUACAUUAAGUUACCUACCUAGGUACCUACGUUCGCAUGUGUGAGUUGAUAUCAAUAAUUUCAAUUAUAUCGAUCCGGUAACAGGUCAUAGGAUGGUCAUAGGAUUCUCAGUACAUCCCUGUUUCUGCAUAGAGCAGACUUUAUUUAUAGUAUGGGUAUUUAUUUGCUAAAAGGUUCAAGUUCGCUUCAACGGAUCAAUAGUCUUUGCACUAUCCGAGGAAUUACAGCCAAUUUGAUUAUAAUUAUUAUUUUUCUUCUAACAAAUCAUCUUAUGUCCAGGCACUUCAUUCUUAUAGCUAUCUAACCUACCCAGCUUUAGUUGGACGCUUUAUAACCAGCUAGUCAAGUCGAUACCUGACACGAAAAGGAAAGGCCUUCUAAUGGCUGAGAAUACUUUAGUAUUGCCGUCGAUUGCGGCAAUGCAAUUAGAACCUCAUCUACCUCCAUCAUCGUCACCAUCAGCAUCCUCUGACAAGGAUAUAUCUUCAUCGUCUGAGUCACCUUUUGUUACGCUAACAUUUGCCACGUCUCUCGACUCAGCAUUAUCCCUCGGCCCAGGUAUGAGGACAACCCUCUCAGGUCUGAAGUCAAAAGCUAUGACCCAUUAUCUCCGUAGCCGCCACGACGCCAUCUGUGUUGGAGUUGGGACGGUUAUCGCCGACGAUCCAGGAUUAAACUGCCGUCUCGCGGCUGAUGCUCCGCCUCUAGAGACUUCACCGACUGCCGAUACCGCCGGCGUCGGUGCUCUCCUAGGACUUGCUUCUGUCUCAACUAAGCAAUCUGUUAUCGAUGAAACUAAUGCUGCCAUCACUGCACGUCAGCCCCGGCCCAUAGUCAUCGACCCCAAGUUACGUUGGGAUUUCACUUCAGAGAGCAAAGUGAUGAAGCUAGCUCGUUCAGGCAAGGGUUUAGCUCCGUACAUCAUAACGGCUAUACCUAACCCUCCAGAGGAGAAAAUGAAGCUAUUGCAAGAUCUCGGCGGGAAGUUUAUCAUCCUGACUCAACCCCAAAACUCUGUGCCUGGUGUCGAUCCAACCAAUCGCCGUUUCGAUUGGCACACUAUCUUAGCGGCUGUGCGGAACGAGGGAUUGCAGAGCAUCAUGAUCGAGGGCGGCGGCGAGGUGAUCAACUCACUCCUUUCUCAAGAGAACUCUCAUCUAGUUGAUUCGGUCAUAAUAACUAUUGCGCCCACCUGGCUCGGUCAGGGGAGCGUCUUUGUUUCGCCACCUCGAAGUGUUGAUGCCAACGGUAGCCCACGUGCUGUAGCUCGGCUUACGAACAUAACGUACAUGCCCCUUGGGGAAGAUCUAGUGCUAUGCGGAAAUAUUGCAUCGAGAGAUUAACACCUAUAAUUAUGUUAUUGGUCCUUUAUAAACUGUUUGGUGUAUUGUGCUUGGUGGUCGUGUGGCUCCAAAUACUAGACCCGUCUCGGAUCUUUUUCUGGUGUAAGGGUUUUUUUUUUGGACAUUCUAGAUCCCAGCUUCCAUACAUCUAUUAGUUAAAGCUUAUGAAUUCGCCGGCAACGGUUCAGCGGUUUGGAAGGCAACAUACGGACGAUAUAGUCAUUUGCCUAACCCACGCGUAUCUGUACACCGAAGACAAUCUCAAUCGAGUCCUUCUGAGCCUUAGUUAUAGAAAUUAAUGGAUAACCACUAUGAAUAAGGGCACAAUUAUGUUCUUUGGCACUAGAUACCAGUGAUCAGAUGACUAGAGUCGGAUCGCAGUAUUUUCCACCA